AUGUUUCGUGCGUGGCGGAUUGAGUUCAAGCGGGUGGAGGGAGGAGCAGCCGGCCGGCCGGCAGAUAAAACUGGGUUCGUCUUCUCCGCCAGGCCAUACCAACUCGUCCUCUCUGCCGCGGCAUCAUCGACACAAGAAGCACAAGAGCGGAGGAACGAGAGCACACCCCGCCGACCGCCGCUCCGGCGCCGGCGACCACCAUCCCACGGCGCUACCCGCUUGGGAUCGGCGUCCACCCACCCGUCGUAUGCCACCCCGGCUACGACGGACACCCUUCCGUUGGUGUGCCUCGCCACGGUGCAGAAGUUGCGGCCGGAGCUCGCCCUGCAGGCGACUGCUCUUUUUGUCCGCUGCCACUGCCGCGGGUUCCAGCUAGCUGCUGUCGUUGUCCACAGCUCUCUGCUCCCUCUAGUUCUCCAGUGGCGGAUUCACCGUACGGGCACCCUGGGCACGUGCCCGGGCUCGAUCCCGUCGGUGUUCUCAACUAUAGCGAUCUUUCCUAGCCAUCAGUUGAGCAGAUUUUUUGUUGACACUAGAAGAAAUUCACAAGUGGAACCGCCACAAGACCCACAACCAAGUGAUGUUCAUGAACAUGGUGACGACGUGAUAGAUGAGGUUCAGAACUGGAUUGAGCAGGAAAUGCUGGAUGAUGACGAUGAUGAUGAUGAUGAUGAUGAUGAGGUGAAUUUUGAGGACGAGGACGAUGAUGAGUUUAAUCCGGCUGAAAUUGUGUGUGAUCCCGCUCAUAGGCAACAAAUUGCUGAUUAUCAUCCGAAUAUUCAAGAUCAGGUGAGAAGAGCAUACAUAUUGAAGGGUCCAACCCGACCAACUGUCAAAUUUGAUCGCAAAAAAAUUGGUAGCAAGAACCGUGCAUUUUCUAAAAAUUGGUAUAAGAAUUAUGAUUGGUUAGAAUAUAGUGUGUCCGAGCAAGCUGCAUUUUGUUUCUAUUGUUUUUUUAAGCAACCAGGAAGUAGUACACAUUUUGGUUAUGAUGUCUUCACCAAAAAAGGAUUCAGGGAUUGGAAGCAUGCAUAUCAGGCAUUGCCUGCUCAUGUUGGUGGGGUAAAUAGUGCGCACAACAAGGCAAGAUUGCAUUAUGAUGAUUUUCGUAAUCAAAGGCAAAGCGUGUCUAGUAACUUUGCUAGGUCAACCAAGGAGUCUGAAGUACUUUACAAAAUUCGGUUGCACACUUCUCUGGGUUGUGCAAGAUAUCUCAUUGCUCAAGGCUUGGCUUUUCGUGGCCAUGAUGAAAGUUCAACUUCACUGAACAAGGGUAACUUCCGUGAGAUGGUAGAUUGGCAUAAAGCUAGAGAUGAAAAAGUGAGGCAUGCUUUUGACCAUGGUAGUAGAAACUGCAAGAUGCUUGCUGCUGAAAUUCAAAAAGAUCUUGCAAAGUGUUGCGCAGAAGAGGUCACCAAAGCAAUCAUGAGAGAAAUUGGUGAUAAGAAAUUCUCUGUGCUUAUCGAUGAGUCACGUGAUAUAUCUGUCAAAGAGCAAAUGGCGGUGAUGUUGAGGUAUGUCAAUGAUAAAGGGAAAGUCGUGGAACGAUUUCUCUCUCUGUACCAUGUCAGUGAGACUACAUCAGAGGCACUAAAGGUAGCUCUUGUUGACAUUCUUGAUCAUCAUAAGUUAUCCAUUCAUAGUCUACGAGGGCAAGGAUAUGAUGGAGCUUCAAAUAUGAGAGGUGAAUUUAAUGGUUUGCAAAAGAAAAUUCUUGACGAGAACCCUUAUGCCUUUUAUGUGCAUUGCUUUGCACAUCGUUUACAAUUGGUGGUUGUCUCGGUCGCUAGUUGUUGCUCCUCUAUUCAUGAUUUGUUUGAAUAUGUCUCCUUAAUUGUGAGCACAACUACUGUAUCUUGCAAGAGAAGGGAUUCACUGAGGGAGGAACGUCAUCAAAAUAUCUUAGAUCAGCUUGAGAGCGGUGAGAUAUUUAGUGGAAGAGGUUUGAACCAAGAAACAAAUUUAGCAAGACCCGGGGAUACUAGAUGGGGUUCACACCAUACAACUUUGCUUCGUUUGAGUCAAAUGUGGAAGUCGGUCAUAUAUGUGCUUCGUGAGGUCAAUGAUGAAGGGAGCGGACCGUCUCAAGCGGCGGGUUUGAUAGAGAUAAUGGAGAGUUUCAAAUUUGCUUUCGUAUUGCAUCUUAUGAUAAAGUUGCUUGCUAUCACAAAUGAACUCUCACAAGUCUUGCAGAGAAAAGAUAUAAACAUUGUUAAUGCCAUUGAACUAGUUGGUGAUGUCAAAGCUCGGUUGGCCUCUAUGAGAGAAAGUGGUUGGGAAAGCUUGUUCAAUGAAGUCCAACACUUUUGUGUCACCAAAGGUAUUCCGAUGCCUGAUAUGAAUGAAAGAAUACCGGUCCGAGGUCGUUCAAGGCUUGAUGGUGUGACUUACACCAAUCUUCAUUUCUAUCGAGUUGAGAUCUUCUAUGUUGCCAUUGACAAGAUAUGCACUGAGAUGAAUCAUCGCUUUAAUGAAGCAUCUUCAAAUAUAAUAGUGGCCUUCUCAUGCCUUCAUCCAAAAAAUUCCUUCUCCAAGUUUGAUGUUGACAAGCUUGCUAGCUUAACUAAAGUUUAUCAUGGAGAUUUCUCUAGUGGUGAUCGUGCAAUCAUAAGAGACGAACUUCAGACUUACAUUCUUCAUGUACGAAGGCAUGAGGCCUUUUCUUCUUGUAAAGAUAUUGAAAGUUUAUCUACAACGAUGGUUGAAACUGAGAAACAUUUGGUUUUCCCACUGGUGUACAGAAUCAUAGAGUUGGCUUUGUUAUUGCCAGUCUCAACGGCAUCGGUCGAAAGAGCUUUCUCGGCAAUGAAGAUUAUCAAAUCUAAAUUGCGCAGCAAGAUAAAUGAUACAUGGUUUAAUGACUUGAUGAUUUGCUACACCGAGCGGGAGAUUUUUAAAGGACUUGAUGAUGAUGCUAUUAUUAAACGGUUUCAAGCCAUGAAGUAUCGGAAAGGGCAAUUGCCCAGGUCCAAUUAG